CUUCUGAAACACCUGCUUCUGGGUCCCCUGCCCCGCCCCCAUCUUUCUUGGUGUCGAAAAUGGUGGUCUUCGGGUCCAAGUGUGGCAGCAGCGCGCUCGCGGCGAGAAUCGGGAGGAGGAGCAGACAGCAAGGAUAGGCCCAGAAAAACAACCAGGAAAAAAAAAAUCUCAUCAUGGCAGAUAUCCACCACGAAAACGAAGAAAUGGAGCAACCCAUGCAGAAUGGAGAGGAAGACCGCCCUUUGGGAGGGGGCGAAGGCCACCAGCCAGCAGGAAAUAAUAGACGGGGACAGGCUCGCCGGCUGGCCCCUAACUUCCGAUGGGCCAUACCCAAUAGGGAGGUCAAUGAUGGGAUGGGCGGAGAUGGAGAUGAUAUGGAAAUGUUCAUGGAGGAAAUGAGAGAAAUCAGGAGAAAACUUAGGGAGCUGCAGUUGAGGAAUUGUCUGCGUAUCCUUAUGGGGGAGCUUUCUAAUCACCAUGACCAUCAUGAUGAAUUUUGCCUUAUGCCUUGAUUCCUGCCAUUUUCCAUGAGAUUAAUACUGUGAUUCUCACUUGUUUUCUUUUUCCUUGCAUUUCCUGAUAUGCCUUUACUGAUCCGUUUGCUGUGAACCUUAUGUAAUUUCCAUGUGUCAAGUGGGUUCUGUGUUACCAGCUUCUAAUUGGAGAUUGCCUUGGCGCACAGUCUUAAGUUUCUGUCAACAGUAGUUCCACCAAUUUGCAUGGAAAAAUGUAAAGUUAAUAAAGCAAUUAAAAAGCAA